GACCAACCAAUCUACUGCAUUCAGUGUGGCUCAAAGUGGGGAGGGGGGGGCCAACUGCACCUGCCAGGGACAGGGAGAGGGAGCGCUCUCUCUCUCUUCCCCCCUCUCUCCCUUCUUUUGCAAAGGCAGAUCCGACCAGCAGAGAUGCCCCAGAAGGCGCUUUGCUUCAGGACAAACCGCUACUGAUUUUUUUAAUGCUCUUUUGCACCCCAGCGUUUCCCCCCUUGCAUUUUGCUUGCCAUAGACACCUCUCUCCGCAUAUCUGUGCCGAAGAGCGUGGAUUGUUGAUUCACCGGCCGGAUUUUCUCCAUCCCCUUCCCUCCCCUCCCCUCCCACCGCCUUCUCGUUUUCUCGCUUUCCACCGCCGGAUUGGGAAAAAACCUCCAGCCACCCCAGCCCGGUUUCUCUCUCUCUCGGAUGAGGACGGCUCCGGAAACAUGUGAGAGAGGCAGGAGGCAGCUUCCAGAUCGCGUGUGGCGAAGGGCAGAGCAGCAGCCAGGCGGAGCGAAGGGAACGAGUCGCCGGCUUGAUAUCGCCCUCGGUCCUUUGCAACAUUUGAGGGCGCUUUUUUUUGCUUUUCCUUUUUUUAUUGCAAAGAUCGGGAAGGCGGAGAAGAGCCUCUCCCCCAAAGGAACACCAAAUACUGUGGAUGGGUUUCCCCCCCUUCCUUCUUGCCCCGGUCGGGAUCCUUUUUCGUGGCUCUCGGUCACCCCCCCCCCCCCGCUCCUUGAAUGCUGCUGCUUUUCUGGCUUGAUUCUCUAGAGCGCUUCUAGAACCUUUUUCCAACCCCCGAGCGCCAAUGGUGGGUUGGUGGGGGUCCCGGACAGCGUCUGGGGGGCGGGUGGGCGGGGGGAGCUCUCCUUCGAUCCCUUGCUGAAUUGAGCCGGGGGCUGCGAUGAGUCGCGGUUAGCUCGCGCCGCCGGGGGAGGGGGGCAGUCCGUCGCUUCCUCCAUUGCAAAGACUGGAUUCCGGACUGCCGCGGUGCGGAAGGAGGACUUUUUGAUUUGAUUUUUUUUUUUGGCGUUUUGUAAAAUUGGGAUCAAAAGGUGCUUUUUUAAAAAAAAGCCCCGAUUUCUUUUUCUUUGGGGCAGGCCGGGCGAGGCCGAUGCCCCUUGACCGUGGCUGGCUUGGAGAGCCCCCGCGCAUGAGUGCUUCUUCUUAAUUCUUAUCGCUCGCUGCCCCCCUUGUGCAGCAGGGCCGCGGCGCCCCCCGCUCGCUCGCUGCUCCCCGCUUUGGAGCUCGCCCCCUGCCCGGCCGCGUCUUGGGCCCGGGGCGGCCUCUCCUCGCCCGCGCCCCGAAGAUGCUGCUGGUGCGCCGAUUCCGGGUGCUGAUCCUGAUGGUCUUCCUGCUGGCCUGCACCCUCCACAUCAUGCUCGACCUGCUGCCCAAGCUGGAGAGGCGGGCGGCGGCGGCCCCGGAGCCGGGCGCGGCGGCGGGCGGAGGAGGCGGCGGCGGCGGCGCUUCGGGCGGCUGCUCGUGCUCGCACGCCAAGCCGCCCGGCGGAGAGGCGCAGGACUGGGCCAAGCCGCCGCCGCCGCCGCCGCGUCCCCCCGGCGCCUCCGAGGCGGGCUGGCCCAGCAAGCACACGCUGCGCAUCCUGCAGGACUUCAGCAGCGAGCCCGGCUCCAACCUCAGCUCGCGCUCCGCGGAGAAGGCGGCCGGGCCCGGGCGGCGGGGCCACAAGGCGCUCAUCGCCCCCGGCGCGGCGGGCCCGGCGGGGAAGACGCAGCCGCAGCCGCCGCCUCGCCAGCCCCAGCCCGGCCGGCCCGCGGGCGGCAGCAGCGCCGGCCCGCCCUCCAAGCUGGCGGCCCUCUUCCAGCAGCCGCUCUACCGGCUGGCCGUCCCGCCGCUGGCCGACCAGGACGUCUUGUUCAAUGUCAACAGCGACAUCCGCUUCAACCCCAAGGCGGCCGAGAACCAGGACUGGCAAAACGAAGGCAACGAGGAUGAAGAAUUCUUACCCACAGGAGAAGCAGCCAUUGAUUCCUACCCAAACUGGCUCAAAUUCCACAUUGGUGUCAAUCGAUACGAACUGUACUCCAGACACAACCCAGCAAUCGAAGCCUUGCUGCAAGACCUGGCCUCCCAGAAAAUCACAAGUGUCGCAAUGAAGUCAGGAGGCACGCAGCUGAAGCUGAUCAUGACGUUCCAAAACUACGGCCAAGCUUUGUUCAAGCCAAUGAAACAGACAAGGGAGCAGGAAACGCCUCCAGACUUUUUUUAUUUUUCGGACUAUGAAAGGCAUAAUGCUGAAAUAGCAGCAUUCCACCUGGACAGAAUCCUGGAUUUUCGCCGUGUUCCACCAGUUGCAGGCAGAUUGGUUAACAUGACAAGAGAAAUACGGGACGUUACUCGUGACAAGAAGCUAUGGAGGACGUUUUUCAUCUCUCCAGCCAACAACAUUUGUUUCUAUGGUGAGUGUUCCUACUAUUGCUCAACGGAGCACGCCCUUUGCGGGAAGCCUGACCAGAUCGAAGGCUCCCUGGCUGCGUUUCUGCCAGAUCUGUCUUUAGCAAAACGGAAAACCUGGAGGAAUCCCUGGAGACGCUCCUACCACAAACGCAAGAAAGCAGAAUGGGAGGUUGAUCCAGACUAUUGCGAAGAAGUCAAACAAACCCCACCGUACGACACUGGAACCCGGAUUUUGGACAUAAUGGAUAUGACCAUUUUUGAUUUUCUCAUGGGCAACAUGGAUCGACACCACUAUGAAACCUUUGAGAAGUUUGGAAAUGAAACAUUUAUUAUCCACUUAGAUAAUGGAAGAGGGUUUGGUAAAUAUUCCCAUGAUGAGCUCUCCAUAUUGGUGCCUUUGAACCAGUGCUGCAGAAUAAGGAAAUCUACCUAUCAGAGAUUGCAGUUGCUAGCCAAGGAAGAAUUCAAACUCAGUCACCUGAUGGAAGAAUCUUUGCUGAAAGACAAAAUCGCACCCAUUUUGUAUAAGUUGCACCUGGAAGCCAUGGACCGAAGGCUCCGGAUAGUGCUCAAGGCCAUUGGUGACUGUAUAGAAAAAGAUGGGUACAAUAAUGUGGUGGAAACUGACUUUUUCACUGACAUUAACACUAUUACAACCAAGAGGUAGUGAAAUCACAGGACCACAUUUUUACAAGCUCUGUAAAAGAAGAAGAAAAAGAAACAAAACAGUCUUGGGAAAGGCUGUGUAUGCCACUUCGUGAAUUCAGUGAAUUCAGAAAUGCGAUAAUAAUUGUUCUCAAAAUAGCUAAGGGAUAGACUUUGCGAAAGAUUAGGUUGAGGGGGGGAGCUUGCAGCCUCUGAGGUGCAUAUAACCAGCUGAACCCAAUUGAGUGGUCAGUGGGGAAUUUCCAUGAAGGGCUUCACAGUUGUCGUGGCCUUCAUAAAGCCUUGUGUCUCGUUGGCAUCAAAAGAUUUCCUCCAGUUGCCCAUCACAGCAUUGGAUUACACAUUUGUGCAUGGAGCUUCUGGCAAGCCCUACCACACCGUGAUGUAGCAGUUCAGACUUACCCUUUCUUACACACACACAUUCACACACACAAAGAGAUAAACGGCACACAGCUGGAGCUUACCACCAACUUUGGGAAGGGUUUACAGGACAUUAAAGUGGAUAUAACUGGGCCACCCAAGGGUUAUGCGACUGUGAAAAGAAAUUGAUUGUCGUGCUCUUAAAUAAGUUCCCGAAACCAGGUUUGGAAGAUAUUUGAGGUUGCUAAUGAGCAACAUUGGCCUUCUGGCAAAUUGCACCCUUUUUUGGUUUUGUACAGAAAGCAGAUCUUUAUUUAAUAUUUUGUAUUUAUAUAUGAGAUAGCAACAGGGGAAAAUGCAAACCUACCUACCAAAUUCUAAGAAAAAGAGGAAUGGAGUCAUUUUCAUGGCUCAUUAUAUAUUCUAGAGGAAAACCCAUAUAAAGCUAGUCAACACUGUUAUAGCCCUUCCGGGACUGUAUCAUUACAGAAUGUAGGCCGGGGGGAACCAACGGCUGAACACUCAGCCAUCUCCAAAUAGCAUGCAUGUAGAAAAUCAGUAUGUCAAGGAAAAGGCUGGCCUUGAAUGAUUAUCUUUGACAUGCUAGUUUUCAGUAGAGAUGCUUUUGAAAUUAUCCUCUGAUUUGAUCCUCAGAUUUCAGAGGUCCAAAUUACUUGGUCUUGUUUCUGAAGUGGAGCCGAUGCAUUAGGAACUGCCCAUUGUUUCGUUUUUUUAAUUUUUGAAUGUUCUACAGAGUGCUGCACAUGCAUGGACGACUGCAGCUUUCAGUUGGUAGGCAUUGUUUAUUCUAUAACAUGCAUUGAUAAAACACCACAGUCAAAAAAGAAAAGCAAUGGUGGUACAUUUCAAUAUGGAACAGCACUAUGAUUGUUUUGGAGCAGUGUUUUACCAGCUACACAGGACCAAAAAACACCAGCUACGAUGAAUCUUGAUGCAGUCAGACCUGUUAUUGUGCAAAGAUUGCUUUUUUGUAAUGUUUUACUAAUGCAAAUGUGUGCAUUGGUAAUACCAAAGGGGGAGGAUAUGCAAAUGUCUGGGCAAACUGCCCAUACUCAGUUCUAGAAUUAAUUUUUGUGAAUGUUCUUAGUUUAAAUCACACUUAAGGUGUAGUGGAAUGCAACAGAAAGAGAAUUUUGCGGAGAAAUAAAGGCACGGAAUGGGGGAAAUGUGCUCAUCUGUACUUUUCAACAAAGUUUUGUGAAAUGGAGGAAGCGUUCCACCACCUGAAUCCAAAAGCAAACCAUCCUGAAGAGAAGCAAAUCAUGUUCUUUUUGUUGUUGUGUAUACCACCAACUUGUCAUGUCCUGUGUUAACCUUCAAGUUCUAUCUUCCUCUGUAUCUAAUUUAAAUUGCGCUCUCUCCCCACACCUACUCAGUGUUUCAAGAAAGAUGACGUCUCGAACUCUUUCUUCAAAGCAAAAGCAGGAGGGGGGGGGGAGGAAAUCCAGACAGACACAAACAAAAUUACGGUGAACCUAGUUGGAAGAGGAUGCUGAUAAUUUGCGCAUUGACAGGGAAUACUUGAAUGUGGUUUUACAAAGUGAUGUAAAAUAAACAACAAAUUGUACUAUUUAUCCAGAAGGAAGCUGCAGCUCUUAUCUUUCUAGACAGUCGUAGCAGGGCUGCUGCUUUCCCGACUUUGCUUUUGAUAGUUUUUGUGUAAAUAUAUACAUAUAACAAGUUUAAAAAAAAUGAGGGAGACAAAAAUAGCUGCUUUCAGCAGCAAUAGAUUUACUUUUGCAGCAUUUUUUUUCUGUGGAUUUGUUUGCAAUGUGGUCCCAGUGCAAUAAAGAUA